ACAAAAACACUAUAAAAAUAAAUUGACAAUAAAAUCAUUACACAGUAUUUAGCACAAUUGUUUAAAAAUAUAUUUUUCCCGGAUUUGUUCAGUAAGAUUCCGAAAUCGAUGUGAUCUGCGUACUUCCAAACACUCCCCACCAACCUAACCUAACCAAUGCAUUAACACCCCCAAAUAACCAGGCUAACCAAUGCAUUAACACCCUCCAAAUAACCAGACUAACCAAUGCAUUACCACCCUCCAAAUAACCAGAAUAUCUAACCUAACCUAACCAAUGCAUUAACCCUAGAAUACUAACCAUCGUAAAUUUUACGACGAUACUUAAUUUCGACCACGAUUUUAUCGUCGCGGUAGACCCCUUUCCGUUGUGCGCUCUUCUAGUCUUCUACUAAAUAUCAGUGUGCGUAGGUUGGUGGCCCAGUGUGCAUAGUAUGGUGAUCGGAAGAGUGUUAAUUCAGCAGCGACGUCGUAGUUUUUACGAAGAAUAUAUCAUGGCAGCUAAAAAGUGGGAUAGGAUAAGACCAUUAACUGAAAGAGAACUACUGUUAGAAGCCCAAAAAGGCUUAGAAGGGUUUUUGCCGGGUGAAAAUGAUGAUAAUUGUGAUGAGACAGAAAGCGGUUCCAGACAGAAGCCUUUAGUCCAUCUGAGUCUGAAUUUGAGCCGACAACUAGCAGUGACACUGAUUCAGAAUAUGACUUACCAUCUACAAUCAAUCCUGAGGAUGAAAAUACGGUGUCAGAUAAUCAGGAAGAAAAUCAAGAUGCAACACAGGAUAUUAUAACAAUAGGAAGUACCGUAGAUAAACCUGUAAAGCGGCUACGCCUUCCCACAAGUCUAAAAGGUAAAAACGGACACAGGUGGUCAUCCGAGCCAAAAGCACCGAGAAGAACUCCCAAACGCAAUAUUGUACACAUCAUGCAAGGUCCCACUAAUGCUGUCAAAGAAGCAUUUACUUCUUUAGACGUUUUUCAUUGAAAUGUUAAUUGUUAAUUAUACAAAUGCUGAGAUAUUCAUUCGAGCUCAAAAAUAUAAGACAAGUAAGUACACUAACUCAGACGUAAAACAGGAAGAAUUGCAUGCCUUAUUGGGACUUUUAAUAUUCGCGGCCUCUCAAAAGGAUAAUCACUUGGCAAGAGAGAAAUGUUCAACGAAAAGCUUUCAGGUUCAAUAUAUAAAGCAACAAUGAGUUUCUCAUAGAGUGUCUUCGAUUUGAUGAUAAAGCCACUCGGUCAGAAAGGAAAAAAUCUGAUUCAUUAGCGGCAAUACGAGAAAUAUGGGACGACUUAAUGGAUAAAUGCAGAAAAUCGUAUAAACGGGAUCCUACCUUACAAUCGACGAACAGCUGCUGGCUUUCAGGGGAAGAUGUCCCUUUAGGAUGUACAUCCCAAAUAAGCCAGCUAAAUAUGGACUAAAAAUUGUUAUGAUGUGUGAUGUCGGUACUAAAUACAUGUAUGAUGCCGAUCCGUAUUUGGGCAAAGGGACUAAAACAAAUGGCCAACCACUCGGAGAAUUUUAUGUUAAAAAAUUGACCCAAGCAGUACAUGGUAGCAACCGGAAUAUAACAACCGAUAAUUGGUUCACUUCGGUACCCCUGGCUACAGACCUUCUAAAAGCCCCUUACAAUUUAACCUUAGUAGGAACCCUAAGACAGAAUAAAAAAGAGAUUCCUCCAGAACUAUUGAACCUGAAAAAUCGAGAAAUUGGGAGUUCACUCUUUUGUUUCGACGGUGAAAAAACUCUGGUUUCAUAUAAAACCAAAACAAACAAAUCCGUUCUUCUUCUCUCAACAUUGCAUGAUGGUCCAAUACUUUGUGAUAAGACUGGAAAACCUGACAUUAUCACGUUUUAUAAUGCAACCAAAUAUGGUGUAGAUACAUUUGACCAGAUGUGCGGGAACAUGAACGUAUCAAGGAAAACAAGGAGAUGGCCGCUUUGUCUCUUCUACGGUAUGAUUAAUAUAGCCUGUAUUAAUUCAUGGAUUGUUUAUAAUCAUAACCAACGAAGAAAGGGAUUAGAAACAAUCUCGAGAAAAAAAAUUAUGUGUUUAUUAUCAGAGCAACUAAUAAAACCAUGGUUGGAGCAGCGGAAAACUUGGCCAACUUUACCCGCUCGCUAAGACUGAUAAUCGAAAAUAUUUUAAAUUCAGAUGGACCACAGGAAAGAGCAACUCCUAUUGAAAACAAACAUGCGAUGUGUCAAUUCUGUCCUUCAAAAAAACGCAGAAUGACGACCAACUAUUGUAAGCACUGUCAACGGCCUAUUUGUGGAGAACACCGUGCUUUUUGUUGUGUUUCUUGUUCUUCAAAAAUGUAAUUUUUUUGUUUCUUUUUUAAUGUUCGUAAUUAUAAAUAUCAAAUGAAUUA